AUGUUUAAAAGCAAAAAAAAGAGACUUCAACAAAAGCAAGAAGCAGAAGCAGCCGCUGCUGCUGCUGCCAUUGCCAAAACUGAAGCCGAAACUAGUAAAUAUAAGCUGCUAGACGACAUUCAUUUGACUCAUGACUUUCGUUCCUCAGUCAUUUUACCACAACUCAACAAGGACAUCGACCCACAAAAGCUUGUACGUCAACAGGAGCACCUCGCUUCAUUGAGAGACAUCCCUGAAACACUUUCGCCUCCACUCUCACCGCCACCGACUUGCACGUCUCGCUCAUCCAGCAACGGCGGCUUACAUGAAAACGACGGGUCGAAACAAUACCAAGAUUUGGCUGCUUGGAGACACCAGCGAAGCCAGAAUAGAUACUCCAAUGGCUUGUUUGGUGGAAAACAAAGAGGGAGACCCAAGCCCUCUGCCAGCAGAUGGCUUCAUGAUAUCACAGACCAAGAUGUGCAAGAAGAGACCAUCCAUGAGAAUCCAGAAACCGACAUUACACCUCCUCCAGUGUCUACUGCUCCUAGCAAUGAGGAUGAUAUAGUUCCAAGCAUUCAAUUUACUCGAGAAGCGCUGGCCUUGGACCAAGAUGAUGAAGAUGACGAGGAUGACGAGUAUCUGGAUGACCAAGAUGAGUUACAGCACGAGGAAUACGAGCCUGAAUCAGACACAGAAGAGAACUUUUUCUUUCAAGAUUUCUCUGGAAACAGCAAACCUAAAAAGCGCACUACCAACAAUUUGAAUGGGCGUCGUCGUAGAUCACAAAAAGUGAUGAGCAAAUUUGAUCUUUCCUCAUUUGCAAGAGAUUUACAUGAUCACCGUCUUUCUGUCAUCCAGCCUCGGGAAAGUCGGAUAAUCAUGACAGAAGAUGAUGAAUUGGAGCUCGAAAAACUGCUGGAACGUCAAAGACAGCGCAUGUCCAUGAUGACCAUGAGCGGUAGCACAGACUCAUUCAAGGUGAUACCACCGCUGCCAUCGUUGGAUUUAAUAAAGCCUCACACGACCACCGUGUUACCCUCUCCAUCUUUACCUACACCAGUACAACAGGCUGUAACCAAGGAAAAAGAAAUCACAGAAGAUUUGGAGGUGCCCACCAUGAACAGUGAUCAUGGCAGCAGCACCACAAAUAGCUUCAGCAGCGUCAAUGGCAGUAGUCCAGCAAAUAGCAGCAGAGGUAGCUAUCCAUCUCACAUGGAACACGAUGACGAGGAUAGCAACAAAAUUGCCAUUGAAUCAGAACAAGAAGAUGAUGAGGGUAUUACUGUUACCACUGAUGUGCCACAAGAAUUAACAACAACGCCCAAAACUCCUAUUCCAGUCAGUUUAACACCUGUGGCAUCCAGCAGUAGUUCCAGCAUUCGUCAUCAACAAAGCCAAUUCAAACUGGAUCAACUGAAAAGAUCCGUAUCUACCACAAGCAUCAAAUCCAACAAGAGCAGCUCUCAGUUCAGGCCUGCACCUACGCCACUCGCUCGCAUUCGUGAUGAGAAUGAGCCUGCUGAGUCUCGCUUGCACAAGCAACAGGCUAGAAAAUCAAUGAGCAUGGAUGAUAUGCAAUCCAAGCUGGACAUCAAUGAGUCGUCAGUAACUUCGUCCGCAUUGGACUGGAUCAAUGAAGACAGCAGACCCAGCAGUAGAAUCAAGGAGUUCCUGCCCAUUCAAAACCAAGCAGAUGCACCGCUAUUAUACCAACAGGCAAAACCAAGCAAGUCCAGAGGCCUCUUUGGCAGUUUGCGUCAAGUGAGUAGAAGUAAAACACACCAUCAUUCUGGUAAUGCUGGUGGUGUCAGCUCCUUGAAGGGCCUUGUUCGCAACUUUAGCACUAGUCAUCAGACUAGGCCAAACAACCUAUCUGACAGCAACUCUUGCACCACGUCAGAUACCACAGGCAUGUCAAGAGCCGCCAUGGCAGUGAUCCAGCACAAUGUUGCCAAGCAUGAACAAAAGAAAGCAUCGCCUGUCAUUCCUGAUGAAAAGAAGCAAGAUGAACUAUCGCAACCGACGCAACAAAAGGCAAGACAAAGAGCCAAAUCAGAUGCCAACAACAGUUCAGGCAGUCGACUUAUUGCGCAGUUGCUGUCCAGAGCGUCGUCCUCAAACAAGAGCAGACGCAAUAAUUCCACAAAGAUUGUCAAUAUGGAAGAAGACUCUGCUGCUAAACAGAGAGCCCAAGUUGUUAGAAAAACCAUCAUCUACGUCCAACCUGAUUCAUUACACAACUUACUCAAGAAUGGUGGUGAUGGAAGCAGUAUCAAAGUGCCUCCUGUACCACGCCCUACCAAACCACAAGAGCUUGAUGUCGAGACAAGAAACACCAUGCUGUCAGAUGGCUCCCUCUCACCUGAUGAUGAUACCAUUAGAUCCAAAGAGUAUUUCACAGCCACCAAGGUGAGCAGACAAACCUCAGUGCGAAAAAGAGUGGUGGAAACACAAGAAGAGAACACGACAGAUACCACGACAUCCUCCUCCCCUUUAAAACAAUCCACUGCUCAUACCAAUGAUCACACAAGUGCUGGAGGUAUGCUUUCAAGAAGCGGAUCAAGAAGAAGAUGGCAGCUCCAGAGCAUGGAUGAAGAGGACAUACUCUCUUCCAGCCACCAUAACGAACAAAAGACAGAUAACUACAUGGAAGGUGUUGAAUUACGAGAAAUGAGCGAUGGUUCUGUUGUCUGGGGCGUAGUGAAGAAGCAAGGCAACCGUAAGAGCUUUUACGCUCCCAACAAACAAAAUCAGUUGGAGUUGGUGGAAGAUGGAGAAGACAAUGACGACGAAGAAAUUGCGCAUGGAGAAGAUUACUUUAGAAACAAGUUCAUGAAGGAGAGCAUUAGCAGCACGGCGCCAUUGACUCACUUACAGCAGCAGCAGCAGCAGCAGCAGGCACUGCCACCACCUAUUCCAAGACGUUCUCCCAGACGACAGAUCCCGGCUGAUCCUGUCCUGCAUACCAACAACAAUACUAAAACCGAUAUCUUUUACUCUGAUCAAGUAACACUGCCCAGCUUACUGAGAAUGAUGCAAGAGCAACAAGACCAACAUGAAUAUCCUGGUGAUAUAAGUGAAGAAGACGAGCAAGAUGACAUGCAGCAAUACCUGUUCAAUGAAAGAGCCAUGUCCUCUGUGGAUGAUCAAUUAGAUGAAAUGAUGAGAAUCCUGACAGCAAAAUAA